AUGACUUCGGAAAUCAUAUACAGUAGAGAACACAUUUUUAGCUAUGAUCUUUUGAGUGACCGCUCAUUAAGAGCCUGGGCGAUGUGCCUUGGCAUACAUGGAUACUUGCAGCUCGGAAGGUCCGAGCUUAUCGAAUUAUUGAGACUUAGACCCAGACCCCCCGGACCAACUGGAGAACGCAAUAUGACUUUGAGAACGGUUUCCGAAUUAAGACAUCUCGCUAGAGAACGCGGUCUACGCGGCUACUCAAGGCUCAUAAAGGAUGAGCUGAUCGAAUUAUUGCUAUCAACCACUACCGUGUCAGCACCGGUACCCGUGCCGAGACCAAAUGGAUCAGCACCGAUACCCAUGGAUCCAAUCGAUGAGGAUAAUGUUGAGCCGCAUCAGCCGGCUAUCCUGGACUAUGACAUUGAUACCUUGGAUGAAUCGGAAAAAUGCAUAAUUUGCUAUUCGAAACGAAAGGAAGCAACUAUUGUUCAUGGGAACACCGGGCAUUUUUGCUGCUGUUUAUCGUGCGCAUCUAUAUUGAAAUCGGGGGGAGAUAAUUGCCCAAUAUGUCGCGCAUCCAUCGAUCUUGUCAUUAGACAAUAUAAUUGA